AUGGAGACGGCUACACCACUCAUUCAUCGUCGCAAGGCAGCAUUCGAUGAUCUUAGCUCAUUGCAAGAUAACUUUCUGGUUAAAACACGCGAUUAUAGGCUUCAGUAUGCACAUUUGUAUUUUACCCGACUCGUACUUAUGAGGCCUAAGGUGCUUGAGCAGGCGAAGAAACAAUGGAAUUCUUUGCCUUCAAAGCCUAAACACGUGGAAAAGGUGCUGGAUGUUCAGCCGGGCGAGAUCUCAUAUUUGGUUGGCACCGUCUACACGGAAAUGAAACUCAAGCCUAAUAUCCUUAAUGAUAUUACCAAAGAUCACUGGAUCGCGGCUCAACCCGAUAGACCAAAAUACAUAGGGGACGACGACUCUGUAUAUCUAGAGGAUGAAUCAGGAAGAGUUAAGCUUACUGGAAUGGCAGUAAUGGACGGCUUGUUUGUAACGGGCAUAAUAAUGGGCGUUCUUGGGUCCGAGGAUGAAAAUGGAGAUUUUAAGGUGGUCGAUGUGUGCUAUACGCUACCGCCGCCACAAGAGCCAAUCCGCCAAAUGGAGACAGAUGAGGCAGAUAAGCAUGUAGCACUUGUCUCGGGACUUGGGAUUGGUGGAAAGUCGUUCAAGCCGUUGGAGCUCGAUCUGUUGGCAGAGUAUUUGACAGGAGAGAUCGGCGAUAUUAAAGAGCAAACCGAAUGUGCCAAUAUUGUACGGGUCAUCUUCGCUGGGAACUCAAUUGUGACACCAGAGAUUGUUGAGGAUGAUUCUAAAGGGAAAAAAUAUGGGUACGACAGAGCGUCAUACUUCACUGAGCCUAUCAAGAUUCUGGAUAACUUUCUUCGUGAAGUGUGCUCCGGUAUCCCAGUGGAUAUUAUGCCUGGCGAAAGUGACCCUUCGAGUGUAACAAUUCCUCAACAGCCUAUUCAUCACGCAUUACUGCCAUCUGCACGCAGAUAUUCAACAUUUCAUAACGUAACAAAUCCGUACUGGAGUAGUAUCGACGAUAUUACUUUGUUGGGAACUUCUGGACAAACUAUUGACGACAUUUACAAAUAUGCCAAGUCUGAAAAUCGACUGGAGAUGGCGGUCAAGACGCUCCAAUGGGGACAUAUGGCGCCAACAGCGCCGGACACACUCUGGUGUUAUCCUUUUAAGGACAAAGACCCAUUUAUUAUGAAACAGCGCCCACACAUUUACUUCAUUGGAAAUCAGGAUAAAUUCGCAACAGAGCUUAUUUCAGACAAGGAUGGCCAACACACACGUGUCGUCAUGCUACCGUCAUUUGCAUCUACAGGCACAAUAGCGUUAGUAAAUUUGAGAACAUUGGAGUGUCGCUCAGUAUCUUUUUCCACUAGCUUCAGUAACUGA